AGGGAUGCGGAAUUACGGGCGAGGGCGGUGUUAGAGGGGUGGGAUCCCCUCCCACGCGUGGUUGCAGCCAGUGAGAGGGGAGACCCCCACACCCCCGCCCGAGGAGCCGCCUCCCUGCGCACCCCGGCUGCGUUUCCCAGGCUCCCCUGGCGACUCGCAGCUUUCAGGACCCAUCCGGAACUCCACAGCAUCACCCCGGGGGUGAAAAUCCUUCUCCCGACAGGGGAGCAACACUGGGCGAGAAACCCCACGGGUGAAGGGGAACUUGCAGGGAAAUCCGGGCAUGGGGAGGUGGAGGCAUCGCCAGGGCCGGGUGCUGCUGGGGGACACCCCGAGCUCGGCUUUUGCCUCUUUGCUUGCCAGGUAAAAAUGCCAGCAGGCUCGUGGGAGCUGCGCUGUUGGGAUGUUUUCCCUUGAAGGAGAAAGGAUCCCCCUCAGGCAUUUUCUUCCCUCCCUCGGAGAAAAGAUGCUCCACAGAACAGGGGGUGCCGCAGGGCUAAACCCGCGGGGGGACUGGGGACACAGGCGACACCUCCAACUGCCUCGGAAUCCCUCGGGGCCUCGGAUUAAAGCUGUUACGUCAGUAAAUUUAAAAAAAAAAAUAAAUCCGACAACAGAAAACACAGCCCCAAACCUGGACGUUUAUACAGAAAAAGAGCAUCACAAAUUCCUAAUAGCUAUGAGGCAGGGACAGAGGCAGAGCGAGCUCCUUCAGGCAGGGCUGGGAGCUGAGCUCGCACAAACAGGACUCGUCCCACGUUGCUGCCCUGCCCCGUCCCUUCGCUCGGCUCCGAGGGGGAAGAAGACGCGAGGCUGCGAGCCCGCCGGCGAUGAGCCACAUCUACGGUAGCCACCUCUCCCCCCUGGGUAGCCCGUCCAUGGUUUACCUGCCGGCCGCGCUCGGCUUCGCCCCCGGGGGGGCGAUAUCCCGGCAGGACCCCCCGCAGAAACCCCCGUACAGCUACAUCGCCCUCAUCGCCAUGGCCAUCAAGGAAGCUCCGGAGCAGAAGGUGACCCUGAGCGGCAUCUACCAGUUCAUCAUGGACCGCUUCCCCUUCUACCACGACAACAAGCAGGGCUGGCAGAACAGCAUCCGCCACAACCUCUCGCUCAACGACUGCUUCGUCAAGGUGCCCCGCGAGAAGGGGCGGCCCGGCAAGGGCAGCUACUGGACCCUGGACCCGCGCUGCCUGGACAUGUUCGAGAACGGCAACUAUCGCCGCAGGAAGAGGAAGCCCAAAGCCGCCGCACCCCCGGACACCAACAACGCGUCCCUCAUGCUCGACUCCCAGGUGCACGGGAGGCUUUACCACAUCGGCAUCCCCUUCCUCUCCUGCUUCCCUCUGCCCUUCUCCGAGGCGGUGUUCAAUUUCCAGUAGUUGCCCCAGAAUUAGCGCUGCUCCGGGUGGGGGAGAGAUCGGA